AUGUCUCUUCCACCUUGGUUUGUCGAUGACGCCAGCUGCGGAACAUCAAAUCCUAUUUCAGGUCUAAUGAAACAGUUCGUGCAGGACAAGUCUUUGCAACGGGAUAGGUUUGGCUAUGAUCAAAUAAAUGAAGGCUCUUCCAAAAGAACUUUUAGGACACGCUCGGAAUUAGACAUACAUGAGCAUGAGUAUGAAAAAUUUUUCAAUCAACCGGAUCGCGAACCUGGCGUUUAUGAUCUAAAUCAAAUGGAUAGGGAACUUCAAACUAUUAUGCACAAUACACAAAACAACGAGAAAUGGGUUCAUGAUUUUUUAAAUCAACCUAAUUUAUUAAAUAAUGAUCUAUUAAAUCAAAAUGUUGAAUUUGAAAAAAUUUUUAAUAAUACUAAUGUUCAAGAUGAAUGGAUCAAUAAGUAUCUAUCUACUGAUCAAAUUCCUAGCAAGUUACACCCUGAUGAAUAUACAGCAUUUGAAAAAGCUUUCAAUGAUGUUAAUAAAAACGUGAAUUGGGAAUCAGAGUUUAAUGCCCAAGAAGAAAAAUUAUGGGCAAAUGAAUUUAAACAACAAAAUGAUAAUGAAUUAAACAAUACUAAUGCAAAAGCGGAAUUAUCUAAGACCGCUGGAAAAUUAAUCGAAUCAGUAAAGGACGAGACAAAUCCGAAAUUUAAGAAUUCGUCCUUUAUGAAAUUUAUGAAGCAAUUGCGUGAUAAUGAAGUUUCAAUAGAAGGAAACAAAGUUGUUGAGCAAAAAUCCCCUGUAUCUAAUGGCGAUAUUGAAGAAGAUUGGGGUGAACUACAAAAAGACUAUGAUAAUUAUGAACCUUAUAGUAUGGGAUAUAAGCUUGCAGUUAGUGAAUAA